AUGUUGAUUCUUAACUUACAGCUGGCCUACUUCGGUUGCGAGGCGUUCAAGGCAGCUAUCGACGACCUAGACGCUCGUCACGUCAUGGAUUUUGCUCGCCAUGAGGCCGAUGUGUUAGAAGAGCUGGCGAAGAAGGAGAACGAGAAAGAUGAAGACAUCGUGGCGUUGAAGAACCUGUUCCAAUUUAUUGGCAAGCGAUCUUUAGUUUAG